AUGAUAUAAUAGAUUAAAUAUUUCAAAUUAGAAGAAUUUAUUAACUCUUCACUUUAAUCUCAUUAAGUUCUUCAUAUUGAUCUGAGUUAUCAAGAAAUUGGUGAAUAAGGUGCAUCAGUCUUAGGUUCUGCUUUAGCAAAUUGUAUUGACAUCUCAGAUUUGGCACUUUCUCUUAGUUGCAAUUAAAUAGGUGAUUAAAGUGCAUUAGGUUUAGCUUCUGCUUUAGAAAAUUGCACUAAUAUCUAAAAUUUGAAACUUGAUCUUGGUAGGAAUUAAAUUGGUGCAAUAGGUGCAUCAGGCUUAGGUUCUGCUUUAGCAAAUUGUACUAAUAUCUCAAAUUUGACACUUGAUCUUAGCUACAAUUAAAUUGGUGCAACAGGUGCAUCAGGCUUAGGUUCUGCUUUAACAAAUUACACUAAUCUCUCAAGUUUAAUACUUGAUCUUUCUGAGAAUUAAAUUGGUGCAACAGGUGCAUCAGGAUUAGGUUCUGGUUUAGGAAAUUGUAUUAAUCUCUCAAAUUUGACAGUUGCUCUUAGUUACAAUUAAAUUGGUGAUUAAGGUUCAUCAGGCUUAGUUUAUGCUUUAGCAAAUAAUAUUAAUCUCUAAAAUUUGGCACUUCUUCUUAGCAAUAAUUAAAUUGGUGACUAAGGUGCAUCAAGCUUAGGUUCUGCUUUAGCAAAUUGCACUAAUAUCUCAAAUUUGACACUUGAUCUUGGCUACAAUUAAAUUGGUGAUUAAGGUGCAUUAGGCUUAGGCUCAGCUUUAAAAAAUUGCACUUAUCUCUCAAAUUUGACACUUGACCUUGGUGGAAAUAAAAUGGGUGAUUAAGGUGCAUCAGACUUAGGUUUUGCUUUAGCAAAUUGCAUUAAUCUUUAAAAUUUGGCACUUCUUUUAAAUUACAACAAAAUUUGUGUAAUAGGUGCAUCGCGCUUAGGUUCUGCUUUAGCAAAUUGCAUUAAUCUCUCAAAUUUGACACUUUUUCUUAAUUACAAUUAAAUUGAUGCAACAGGUGCAUCAAGCUUAGGUACUGCUUUAGCAAAUUGCACUAAUCUCUCAAAUUUGACACUUUAUCUUCAUGAGAAUUAAAUUGGUGCAACAGGUGCAUAAGGCUUAUGUUCUGCUUUAGUAAACUGCAGUAAUCUCUCAAAUUUGACUCUUUCUCUUGGUAAGAAUUAAAUUGGUGAUUAAGGUUCAUCAGGCUUAUGUUCUGAUUUAGCAAAUUGCAAUAAUCUCUCAAAUUUGACACUUUAUCUUACUGAGAAUUAAAUUAGUGCAACAGGUGCAUUAGGUUUAGGUACCGCUUUAGCAAAUUGCACUAAUAUAUCUAAUUUGAAACUUAAUCUUGGUGGGAAUUAAAUUGGUGCAAAAGGUGCAUCAGGCUUAAUUUCUGCUUUAGCAAAUUGCAUUAAUCUCUCAAAUUUGACACUUGAUCUUGUUUACAAUUAAAUUGGUGCAACAGGUGCAUCUGGCUUAGGUUCUGCUUUAGAAAAUUGCACUAAUCUCUCAAAUUUGACACUUAAUCUUGGUGGGAAUUAAAUUGGUGAUUAAGGUUCAUCAGGUUUAGUUUUUGCUUUAGAAAAUUGCAUUAAUCUCUCCAACUUGACACUUGAUCUUAGUGGGAAUUAAAUUGGUUCAACAGGUGCAUCAGGCUUAGGUUUUGCUUUAGCAAAUUGCACUAACCUCUCAAAUUUGACACUUAAUUUUGGUUACAAUAAAAUUGGCGAUGAAGGUGGAUCAGGUUUAGGUUCUGGUUUAGCAAAUUGUAAUAAUCUCUCAAAUUUGACACUUUAUCUUCAUUCGAAAUAAAUUGGUGAUGAAGGUGCAUCAAGCUUAGGUUCUGCUUUAGGAAAGUGUGCUAAUCUUUAAAAUUUGACUCUUUAUCUAAGAGAAAAUUAAAUUGGUGAUGAAGGGGCAUCGAUUUUAGGUUCUGGAUUAGCAAAGUGCACUAAUCUCUAAAAAUUGACACUUGGUAUUUAGACAAAUAAAAUUGGUGAUAAAGGUGCAUCAAACAUUGGUUCUGGUUUAGAAAAGUGCACUAAUCUCUCAAAUUUGACACUUUAUCUAUGGGAAAAUAACAUUAGUGAUCAAGGUGCAUCUGGCUUAGGUUUUGGUUUAGGAAAGAUGACUAAUCUCUCAAAUUUGACACUUUAUCUAUGGAAAAAUUAAAUUGGCAAAGAAGGAGCUUCAGGCUUAGGUUCUGGUUUAGCAAAGUGCACUAAUCUCUCAAAUUUAGCACUUGAACUUUAGCAAAAUUAAAUUGGUAAUGAAGGUUCAUCAAGCUUAGGUUCUGGUUUAGGAAAGUGCAAUAAACUCUCAAUUUUGACACUCGGUAUUUAAAAUAAUCAAAUUAAUGAUCGUAUAGGUGGAUCAGGUUUAUGUUCUGGUUUAGCAAAGUGCGCUAAACUCUCAAAUUUGGUAAUUGAUAUUAGUGAUAACAAUUUGUACACAUUUUACUCGAAAGUAAAGUGCUUUAAAGCAAAAAGAUUAGUUGACUUAAAAAUAAGAUUUAAAUGGUAUUGA